UACUAUUUUUUAGACGACGUGUAUUUUGCAUUUGUUAUGAAAAUAAUAGUUGAAAAAUACAAAUAAAACAAUAAAAAUGCAUCUUACUGCACAAACUAUAAAGAAAAUGGCGGGCUUUACGAUGCUGCUUGGUUUGAUGGCCAUGGCAGCAGCGCACGAAGCCAAGGACUUUGACGAUUCCGUGCUCUACAAAAUAGAUUUUGAAGUGCCUGAUUUGCUGGGUGAACCGGUGGUGGGCAAUCAUCUGCGAACAUUCUACACACAGGAGAAGGAAAAGUAUGAGUGUCUCAUACCCACCUUGGAGACGCCCAAAGAGGAGGAGAAGACCAAUCAACCAGAGCUGUCGCCGAUUGGGAUUCUUCAGCCAAUAUUCUCGGCGCCAACCUGUUCAUAUCGCAUCGAAGCCUAUUGGUCGUAUGAAAUUUGCCAUGGUCAUCAUGUGCGUCAAUACCAUGAGGAGCGUGAGGGGAAAAAUGUGAAAUUUCAAGAGUACUAUUUGGGCAAAUGGAGUGAGGAAAAGACCGAACUGGCUAAAAAGGAAUGGGAGGCGGAACGCAAGGCUGGUGGCAAGCCAAAGUACAAGACUCUAAAAAUUGAUAAUACUAGAUAUCCAUAUUUUGAAAUGGAGUUCAACGAUGGCACCAUGUGUGACAUUAUAGAGGCGCCUCGCACCACAAUGGUGCGUUACGUGUGCUAUCCGCAUGGAAAGGAUGACAUUUACUCAUUCAAGGAAACAUCGUCCUGUAAUUACGAAGCUAUCAUCUUGACAUCGUCGUUGUGCAGCAUUCCAGCCUUUCAUGCAGAAGAGACUAAAGAGAUUUCCAUAAAAUGCUUCAAUUCACAAACGGAACCACGCAAGCCAUUGAGUAUGCUACGCCAAGAGCUAAGCGAAUGGGCAGAUAGCGAAAAUGAUUUGCUGAUCUCAAAGGAAAACAAAGCACCAGCCAAGUUGUGGUCAAAGACGGAAGGCGAUACGGUUACGUUUAAGUAUAGCGGGGAUGUGGACAAAAUCAUCUUGGAGCUGAUGGCUAAUGGCGAAGUUGAUGGAGAAUAUGCAUAUCAGCAACUCGUGUUAUCCAGAGGCUCGCAAACAUCAACUCCACCACCGGUCAAUGAUUUGACACCCCUUAAGGAAUUUAUAUCCGGCAAGAACUGUCUAACAGGCGGCACCGGCUGGUGGAAGUACGAGUUUUGCUAUGGAAGGCAUGUUCGCCAGUUCCAUAAGGAUAAAAACAGCGAAGUCGAGCUAUUUCUCGGAUAUUUCUCGGAGGAAGCGCACCGACAGUGGAUAAGUUCCCAUCCAGACAAGGGAGGCCGACAGGGAUUUUCAACGUCCUUAUGGCACCACUACGCAAAGGGCACCCACUGUGAUAGCACUGGCUUGCCACGCGAAGUGGACGUUAAACUAACCUGCACGCCAGUUACCUCCAGCGGUACAGCUGUGUCCAUGUAUUUGUUGGAGCCAAAGACAUGCCAAUAUAUAUUAGUUGUGGAAUCGCCCAUCGUUUGUGAUCUCAUGCAUUACGCAGACGAAAACGAUUUAGUGAAACCUGAAAAUUUACAAAAGAUCCUUUCGUCUGAGAAAAAAAUGGCAACUCCCGCUGUUCGGAAUGUAGACUCCGAGGGAGAAAUACGAUCCUAGAUUCCACGAGUUAGUAUCUUAAUAAACAAUAAAAAUAAAUUAAGUAUACCUUUGUAUGCACUUCUUGUUAAAAUGUAUCUUCUUGAAUUCUGACCAAAUUCGAAGUGACCACAUUCCCGAAGCGAAGACACAAACCAAAUUAUCGUAAUACGAUCAUCGUAUGGCAAAAUAUUAGUGCAUGCAUCAACCCAAUAAAAGCAAUUGCUAACGACAGCUGAAGAUGACGUAAAUUAUGUGAGACCUACUAUCAGAUUCCCUGUAACUAAUAUUGACACUAAAUUAAAACGCUCUUUCUCUC